UUAGUACCGGCUAGGAAGUAGUUAUUUAUGGAACAUAAUUCAGAAUAGUGAGAGUGAGGUUAUAGUUUGACCUUUCCGUUUUUGAAGGUUAUUCGGCAUAAGAAGAAUUAAUUGAUCAAAUACCUUUGGAAAACUGAGCAAAUUGAGGUGUUGACGACAAUUGAAACAGUGCAAAAUGGGCCGUAAAUUUGUUGUUGGAGGAAAUUGGAAAAUGAAUGGAAACAAAGCGCAAAUCUCAGAUAUUUUAAAGUUCCUUGAGGCCGGUCCUCUCAAUCCUGAAACUGAAGUAAUUGUUGGAGUACCAGCUAUUUACCUAGAUUAUGUAAAAUCUAAUGCUCCUGCGAAUGUCCAAGUUGCUGCCCAGAAUUGCUACAAGGCUGACAAGGGUGCCUUUACAGGUGAAAUUUCUCCAGCUAUGCUGAAAGACAUCAAAGUUAAUUGGGUUAUUCUGGGACAUUCUGAGCGAAGACAACUUUUCAAAGAAACAGAUGAGUUGAUCGCAGAAAAGGUAGCCUUUGCUCUAGAAAGUGGACUAAAGGUGAUUGCGUGUAUUGGCGAAACUCUAGAGGAACGUGAGGCUGGUAAAACUGAAGAAGUUGUUUUUAGACAAAUAAAAGCCAUAGCUGAUAAAAUUAAAGAUUGGUCUAAUGUUGUGAUUGCAUAUGAACCAGUGUGGGCUAUUGGAACAGGAAAAACUGCCACUCCACAACAAGCUCAAGAUGUACACAAAUCCCUUAGAGAAUAUAUCAGCCAAAAUAUCAGUCCUGAAGUUGCACAAAGCAUCAGAAUUCAAUAUGGUGGCUCAGUCACUGGAGCCAAUUGUAAAGAACUUGGAACACAGCCGGAUAUUGACGGUUUCUUAGUUGGUGGUGCUUCUCUAAAACCUGAAUUUGUCAAUAUUGUAAAUGCAAAGUGAUUUCAUUUUUA